CACAUUUUAGAGAAGCAAAGGGGACUCGGCCUCGAACAAACUUGUUAAAAAAAUAAAACAAGAAAAUCCUGUUGGGUGCCUAUAACUAGCAUUCCUCAGUUUGAGACUUCAGAGUGUUAGCUUGCCAUUUAGGAAAGGUAGAGACGCGGCCAAGAGAGGUUGACUCAUUCCAAGGGAUGAAAGAUUUUAUUGAAUGAUUUUGUCUCCAAUCUCGGGUAAAGGCUUAGGCUCAAUCAAGUACGGUCAAUGGGACGAUAUUCAAGCUUCGAGUCCGGCUGGAUGUUUACCUUGAAUCCCUCUUCUUCUCAGCCCCUGUUGCAAAUUAAUAGGAAGUGGAAUGCCACAAAUCUUGAUCCCUAAGCAAGAUGGCUAUGAAGAACUACUCCAAGCUAAUCUGCUGCAAGAUCUACAUCUCCGAAUCCCGCAACACGAUGGCCCUAGAGUCUAUCGAGCGCGCCGCAAGGCUUGACCGAGAUGCGGUGAUCGUGAACAAGUUCGAGGACCGAGCCUACAAUCGAGUCCGAUACACUCUUGUCUCCUACAUUGUGCACCAUAAUGCCACGGAUAUGUUGUACAGCCCGAUACGGCAGACUGUACAGACGAUGGCGGAGGCGGCGUUUGCAGCGGUAGACCUGGAGACGCAUCUCGGCGCACAUCCUCGGUUCGGAGUAGUGGAUCAUAUUUGUUUUCAUCCGUUGGCAGAGGCAACAGUGGAGGAGGCGGCGGCCAUGGCUAAGUUGGUUGCUUCUGAUAUGGGAAAUGAAUUACAAGUCCCAGUUUUCUUAUAUGAAGCAGCCCACCCGGAUAACAAAGCCCUAGAUGCAAUCCGUCGUGAGCUCGGAUACUACAGGCCCAACUUCAUGGGCAGUCAAUGGGCCGGGUGGGCCCUCCCGGAUAUUCUCCCCAUAGCACCCGACGAAGGAUCCGUUAAUGUUAAUAGGGCUAGAGGAAUAGCAGUCAUCGGAGCAAGCCCGUGGAUCGAUACAUUUAACAUCCCAUUUCUAUCGACCGAUAUAGCAACCGUGAAAAGGAUAGCACGGUCCGUCAGUGCCCGCGGUGGUGGGCUUCCCUCGGUUCAAGCCCUCGCCUUGGUCCACGGAGAUGACUCGAUCGAGAUCGCGUGCAUGUUGUUGGACUCGAAACAGGUUGGCGCAGACCAGGUUCAAGCCCGGGUUGAGCUCAUUGCGGCCCAAGAAGGCCUGGAGGUGGAGAAAGGGUACUUCACUGAUUUUUCGCAGGACAUGAUUGUUGAGAGAUAUAUCAGGCUUGUUUCGAUUGAUUGAAAGCGUCGCGCUCUUUGGGUCUGUAAAGUUUGUUCGUGUGUUACUCAUGGACUCUUUAUCUUUAAUAAAUAUAAGCACUCAUUGGGUUGGAUGUUGCUAUUACAGCCCAGUGGGCCUUAAUCUUUUGGGCCUAGCCUAGUUAAAUCCAGCAAUUCCAUAUAUUGGAAACGUGAGAUUAAUGAUGCA